UCUAAUGCAAGAGCACAUUAUAAAAACACAUCUCAUUCUAUUCCUUCUUACCUUACCAACCCCUAAGCACAUAAUUAGCUUCUUUCUUUCUCUCUUCAUCACCGGGAAAGAUGGGAGUGAAUGUUUAUUUGGAUACCAUUUUGGUCCCUUUGAGUCUCUUCAUCACAGUGGCUUACCAUGCCUAUCUUUGCCACACCAUCAAGCACAAGCCUUCUCGUACAACUUAUGGAAUCGAUAAGAUGAGAAGGACAGCUUGGGGUCUCAACUUAAAUCAGGGUGAUGCCAGCAAAGCCAUGUUGACAGUGCAAAGCUUGAGGAACACUCUUAUGUCCACAAUACUGACAGCUACCAUAACCAUUCUUAUUAACUUGGCUUUGGCAGUUUUGACCAACAAUGCCUACAGUGCUAGCCAUCUGUUCAGCAGUGGGUUUUUUGGCUCAAAGUCAGAUAAAAUCAUGCUUCUAAAGUAUGGAUCAGCCUCAAUUUGUUUGGUGAUGAGCUUCAUAUUCAGCUCCAUGGCCAUAGGGUUUCUGAUUGAUGCCAACUUUCUGAUGAAUGCUUAUGGGGAGUUCCUGUCUGGGGGCUACACACAAACUAUACUAGAAAAAGGGUUCACCUUGGCCCUUGUUGGUAAUAGGGUGCUUUGUGUUGCUGUUGCUUUGAUGCUAUGGAUGAUGGGUCCCGUGCCAGUACUUUUAGCUUCCUUGGUGUUGGUUUUUGUGUUGCAUGAGUUUGAUUUUGUUUGCAAACUCCCACACAACCAUAAGCAAUGUAUCAUUGUAAAAUAACCUACCUAUAACAAUAUUUUUUUUUAUCUACAGAAUCAAACUCAAUUAUAAAGAAAUUUAUAAUAAAGCAACCACAUUGCUCAAUUAAA